AUGUGGAAGAGGUCUACACCUCAAAUAUUUUCUAUUCUAAGAGGAAGGGCUACGAAAUCAUGUCCGUUAAUUACUAUUUCAUCUCCAGUUUGGACUAGAUCUAUAUCUUAUUCGAAUGUCAUACAGGCACCAAAGGGAAAUAGAGGUAAAAAAACGAAGAAAAGUAGUGAAAAACCUAAACCGGUUAAUUUUAUAAUACCAAACUAUUUAUCGGUGGAUAAACUUUCUAAUUUACUUAAUUGCCGUGUAACUGAUUUAAUUAAAGAUUUAGGGAAGCUUGGUUUCAAAGAUGUCACCAACAAAUAUAUUUUGACUAAAGAAUAUAUUGAAUUGAUACUGCAAGAGUAUAAUUAUGAAUUGCCAAACUCAAAUUUAGAGUUGAACUCUUCAAAUGUAUAUGAUUCUUUAAAACAAGCUGCAAAUCCAAAUAAUUUAGAGAAAAGACCUCCAGUAGUUACAAUUAUGGGCCAUAUCGAUCACGGUAAAACAACGAUUAUAGAUCAUUUGAGAAAAUCAUCUGUGGUAGAUCAGGAACACGGUGGUAUUACACAGCAUAUUGGUGCUUUUCAAGUUAUAACACCUAUUUCAAAAAAGAAAAUUACAUUCUUAGAUACCCCAGGUCAUGCUGCGUUUUUGAAAAUGAGAGAAAGAGGUGCCAAUAUUACAGAUAUCAUUAUUUUGGUAGUAUCAAUUGAAGAUUCUAUUAUGCCUCAGACUAUUGAAGCAAUUAAACAUAUAAAAAAUUCAGGUAAUGAAUUGAUAGUUGCUAUUACUAAAAUUGAUAAAGCUACUACUCCAAGGGAACGUGAAAGAAUGUUAGAAAAGGUUACGAAUGAUUUAAUCGCACAGGAGAUUCCUGUUGAAAAAAUUGGAGGAGAUGUUCAAGUCAUACCGAUAAGUGCAAGAACUGGUGAAAAUAUGGACUUAUUAGAGGAAUCGAUUAUUGCACUAAGUGACUUAAUGGAUAUCAGAAGUGAAAAUUCAAAGUCCACAAUGGUUGAAGGUUGGGUUUUAGAAAGUCAAGUCAAAAAAAUGAUGGGAAAUGUAGGUACAGUUCUUGUUAAAAAAGGUACUUUGAGAAAGGGAGAUAUCCUAGUUUGUGGUAACACCUACUGUAAGGUAAAAAAUAUGCUGACAGAGAGCCAUAAUCAAACUAACGAAGCUUUACCAUCACAAGCAAUUACUGUUUUGGGUUGGAAAGAUCUUCCAAUAGCUGGUGAUGAGGUUAUACAAGUUCCUAAUGAAUCUAUAGCCAAGAAAUCGAUAUCCAGAAGACUAACGUUAAUAAAAUCUGAAAAUGACAUGCAAACUGUCCUCAAAUUAAAUGAACAAAAUGCACAAGAAAAAUUAGAGAAAGAAAAGAAUGAUAUUGAUGAAGAUGAAGAUGAAGACGAUAUUGAUGAACAUGUUGUUGAAGAGACUGGUCCUAAGAAAAUAAACUUCAUCAUCAAAGCUGAUGUUUCUGGUUCUGCAGAAGCAAUCAAAGAUAGUCUUACUGGUUUAGGAAAUAAUGAAGUUGAAUCAUAUAUUGUUUCUACAUCCGUUGGUAAUCCUAACGAAAGUGACUUAAAAAUGGCCAAGAUAACUGAUAGCAAAAUUUUAUGUUUUAAUCUUGGAUCUCUUCCAAGUGAUAUUGUUAACAAUAAGGAAGGUAUAGAAAUUAGACAAUACAAUGUGAUUUAUAAAUUGAUUGAAGAUGUGACAGAAAUUUUGACGAAUAAUCUAGCUCCAAUAUAUGAAAACAAGAAUACAGCUACAGUUGAAAUUCGUGAAAUCUUUAAUUACUCUCUAAAGAAGAAACAGCUUAAGGUUGCUGGCUGUAAAGUCAUUAACGGUAAGAUUACAAGAAAUUCAUUAGUGAAGGUUGUACGUGGAGAUGAACAGAAUCAAGUUUAUGAUGGUAGAUUAUCAACCUUAAAGCAAGGUAAGGAUGACACAGCCGAAGUCUCUAAAGGUAAAGAAUGUGGCAUAACGUUUCAAAAAAAUUUUGAUAGUUAUCAACCUGGUGAUAAAAUUAUUGCAUAUGAAAAGGUAAAAGUUCAAAGAUAUUUGUAG